AUGUCUGUAAAAGAACCGCUUCUUGACCAGCAAGAAUGGGAGAUGCAAACAGUCGAUCCAUAUGAAGAUAACUUUGCAUUUGCGCGGUUGCAUGAUUUGGCGAUGAAUCGUUAUCGUCAUCUAAUAUCAAGACCACAGUUGUUUGAUUUGCUACAACAAGCAUAUGAAAAUAGUCUAGAAAACAUCAGUGAAGCUGAACAACAAGAAACCCUUCGUAUUCUACGUGAGUUUGAUCCCAUAAGAUGGGACUUGCUUGUUGCAUAUGUGGAUGCAAAUUUGAACUACCAGAUGUUUUUGAAACGAUUAAUCAUGACAUCCACUACCAAGGGGGUGGAAAUAUCAAAGGACCGCCAAAAGAUUAUGUCUUGGUACUCCUUUACAGGGAAGGUGUCACCUGAGUAUCUGCAGUACCAAAGCUUUGCCGAAGCCCAUAUUCCAAAGGAGGGCCGCCCCUGCUUGAUCUUAACUUUUUGUGUGCUUCUGUUUUUCUUUUGGCUCGCCGGCCUCUUCAUCUAUUUACAGAACUAUUGA